UGCCUCGCGGGCCACCAGAGCGGACGGGUCGGGUCUGCGCUGCGCGGAGCGUUCCCCCCGCGCUGUCCCGCUGCGAGCGUCCCGCGCUGUCCUCCCGCUCGCGUGCGCUCGGCUGUCCGUGUGAUGCUCUGUGUUGUGGUGUUGGUUGGAUACACGCUCCGAUGAGCCGCGGGGCCGCAUCUACCAGGUCGGAGCUUCGGUCGAGGAUGCGGGCGGCAUGAGGCGUUCGCCCCCGCAGCCUCGCCAGCAACAGCAGCCCACCCAUGCUACUUCCUCUUCGACAUGCCGACCCCCCUCUCUCCCCCCUCGGCCCGCCCCUGUCCCCCCUCCCCCUCCGCCGCCCAAGGAGGUGCGGUACCCCUUCGGCGUUCAAAACGACCUUGGACAGGUCAUCCUCCAUGGCGGGACCACGACGCCGAGCUCGACAAGGGAGGGGCCCGCCUGGACCGUGGACCCGCCGCCGCGCUCCUCGCCAGGGCCGGGCCCGGCCCCCCCGCCACCAGGGCCGCACAGCCCCACGGGGGCCCAGGGCCAGGCCCAGGGCAGAGGGUCCCCGCCCUUCACGCGACUGCACCCCCGCCUCAGCCCGUCGCGGACCUCGCUGCAGUCCGGGAGCCUCCAGUGCAGCCUGGCGUCUUCGACCGCGGACCUCACCGCAGACGCUCUACAACUAGAGAAAGCUAUUCGCGACAACGACACCGCCAAAGUAAGAAGGUUCCUGAAUCUGCACCACGACAAGUUUCAGGUGAACCUCCAUGGCAGCCUUUUGGACAAAUCAUCCUCCGACUCCCAGAGCCAAGAUGUGGAGAUCCUCCUCCGGAAGUCCAAGACUCUUCUGGACCGGUAAGAGCAGCAGCGGUGGAGGCAGGACGAUCUUUAUCGUCCGUCGUCGUGCCGUUCGCAACAUUUAAGUGUUUGCGUUCUUCUUUUGUGUUUUGUCACUUUACCUUCUUCAUAAUCGGCUCGUAAAGCGGUCGCGUUGUCUACUUGUAGCGACUUCACCUCAUUAUAAUUUUCCCAUUCCGAAUCGCUGCUUUUGUGCACAAUCUGGAGCGCGUCGCUGCCUCCACCCCGCCCCCGCCACUGCACUGCCCCAGAUGGCCGUGCCGCCGCUCCCGCCAAGUUUGGGGCAGAGACCGGGCUGCUAAUGGCCGGGGCCGAGAGAGAAUAG